GUGUUCCCAGAAAACAUAGCGCAAGCAACGAUCGCGACCUACCGAACUAAAUUAAAUUACAAUCCAGAUGACCCGAAAGCAAUUAAAGGGAAACUGGAGACCUACAAAAUCGAUGGCGAAUACCAAAGCGGAAGCAAUGUGUUGGGAUUGGUGUGCUUCAGCGUGGUGCUGGGCAUCACCCUGGGGAAGAUGGGAGAGAAGAGCCGACCUUUGCAAAACUUCUUCCACGCUUUGUCUGAGGCUAUGAUGAUCAUCACUGGAUGGGUCAUUUGGCUAUCACCCCUCGGAGUGUUCUUCCUCGUGACCGCCAAGAUCAUGGAGAUCGAUUCCUUUGCGGAGCUGGUAGGGCGACUCGGCCUGUACUUCAUGACGGUACUCCUGGGGCUGUUCCUGCACGGCUUCGGCACGCUCAGCAUCCUGUUCAUCCUGGCUACCAAGAAGCUGCCGUGCCGGUACAUCGCGAAGAUGGGGCAGGUUAUGGCGACUGCGUUUGGAACUGCAUCUAGUUCAGCGACGAUGCCGAUCACGAUCGGGUGCUGCGACGACAUGGGCCUGGACCCGCGCAUCACGCGGUUCGUGAUCCCCAUCGGCGCCACCAUCAACAUGGACGGCACGGCGCUGUACGAGGCCGUCGCCGCCAUCUUCAUCGCGCAGCUGCGGAGAGUCGAGAUGUCGUUCGGGAAGAUUGUUGCUGUCAGCGUGACCGCCACGGCGGCGAGCAUAGGCGCGGCCGGCAUCCCGCAGGCCGGGCUCGUGACCAUGGUCAUGGUGCUGGACACCGUCAACCUGCCCGCCGAGGACGUCUCCAUCAUCCUCGCCGUCGACUGGCUGCUCGACCGAUUCCGGACGACGAUCAACGUGGUGUGCGACGCGUUAGGCGCCAUCAUCGUGUCGUCGCUCUCUCAGGGCGACAUCGAGAAGACGCGCGCCAUCCAGAACGACCGCGAGGCGGCGCCUGCGCAUGAGCUCACCGAGCUAGAGAAAGGCGAGCACUGAACCGCCUUGACUAACGGUUAGGGCUAUUUGACACCGAAGCGAAGACGAGUUGAAAGAAGAUGAUUGUUAUUUACAUGUCUCGAUUAAAGCGGGGACAGGACCAAAGUAGACGGGACACAUCCAAACAAUUUCCAUAAUACCUACAUAUCUCCAUGCGGAGUGACAUGACGAAGGGAGACGUGACAUAUUUCGCAACCAAUAAAAAGUUCGCUACUUUUACGUCUCGCCUCAAGUGGUCUCAAGCAGAGGCAAGAUGAAAGAAGAUGAGACAGAAAUAAUUUCUUUAUUUAUAUGUAUUUUCGAAUCAGCUUUAGUGGAAACGGUUGAGCAGACCUCCAAUUGAUUCUUUUUGGUGGAAGAAAUAACUUGCCUGCUAUGCUUCUCGUCACAGCUCAUCUCAACUCGUCACCUCGUCUCUGCUUUGAUGGAAAACAGCCCUUAAAACCGUUCUGUGUUCAAAUAACGACACCGUUAUUUUGUGCCAGGACAAUAAAUUAAACGAUCAAGCGUAUUUAUGUUGUGAUUCUGAAUUUGUUUCUUAGUUAAGUCUUAUGAAUCUCAGAUAUGCUGCCUGGGUUAGAUACAAUGUUGAUUUACAUUUAAAAUUGUCGUUUGCGAUAUAAAUCUUAUAUUUCUUAACAUUUCGUAGAAGUGUUGUAUUAUAUGAAGUUUACGAUAAUGUAUUAUAGAUUUGGAUUAUUGUUGUGUGUAAGAAUGGUGUAGCCAUGAUGUUAUUGUAAUAUAUUUCGUUUGUAUCUUCUGACUUUCAUAAUCCUGAUGCUUAUUCUUUGACAAAAAUUUAGUAAUUCUUUGGAUGGUCAUCUAUGAGUCUAUACUAUUUCGAACGUUUAAGAGAGCUUAUAAUGUCGGUGUGUUCUCGAUGUGCCAUUUAUACUGUAGGAAGUGCAUUAGAGGCGAUAAUAUAUUCACAUCAGGUAAAUGCAAUUUCUGUACUUAAAAACUUUUUCAUGAUUUCUCAAAACAGUCCUCUAUUGAUUGCAGUAAAUAAUUGAGAUGUCGUGAAAUGGAUUUUGAGCCAAUCAUCAUCUCAUGUACAAAUGUAAUGAUGUAUAACUUACACUAUAUUUUGGAAAAAAUAAAAUUACACUCAGUCAACAUUUCGAAACAUUUUUCAAAAACGUACUCUGUAGCUAAAACUGUUUAUCUAUUUUUGUAUGGAUGUACAUUUGCGUAUGUAGUGAGUGUUUAGCUCUAAUAUUUAUGGAUGUAUUACAGUAAAUGUGCCAUAAUAAUAUAAGUCAAGGACUUUUUGUUAAUUUGUUUUGUAAGAUACAUUACAAUGUAGAGUUAUUGUCAGUCAAUAUAGUCAUUGCAUUCCAUUUAUUCUCAUGUGAAGCAGUUAACACUCAAAAGUGUCUAAAUUUAUCUUUUUAUGUUAAAUAUUGUAUAUUUAUUAAACUGUUAUUUUAUAAUUUAUUAUAAUAUAAUAUGUGUCACGUUUUAAAUGUAUUGCAAUAAAGACAUUGGAAGUAUCAAAACUUAGUAUUGACCCGAUGUUUAAAAACAAAAUAUUACAGACUUACUUUAUCAGGCAAUAAGUUGCACGAAACACACUCAAAGUGUUGGACAACAUUACACAACGAAGGGUAACUUUUAAAUUAAAAGCUCUACGUUCCUGCAACUCGUAGCGAGCUUUGUGCUUUCUAGUAUAGUCACGCGUUGUGCACAUGUUGCGCGUCAUUUGUUGCCUGUCAAUUGUUUUCUGGUGGAUUUAUAUCAUUAUAUUGAAGGUAAAUGAUAUUAUAUCGUAUGCAAAACCUAAUUGUCUUACGUAAUUAGACUCCAUAUCAGUGUUCGGCCUACUUCAGUAUUGACUAAAAUGUUCUAUAUCAUAGCUCAGGGAUGGCGAACCUUUAAGUAUGAACGUGCCACUAUUUAAAAAAAAUUUGAAGUAGUCAUAGACACGUGCCAUUAAAUUAACACCUAAUGCUAUCAAGUGGCACCACUGGUGAGUGACACGACCUUACUCUACAGUGGCACUAACUGAUGACGGCAAAUACGAUAGCUCAUAAUCAAAACACAUUAUUUACUAUUGAAUUACUGAAUUUGUGAUUGGUGGCGUGCCCAAAAUAUUAUGUCGCGUGCCAUCAUUGGCACGCGUGCCAUUGGUUCGCCAACCCUGUCAUAGAUGAUACUCGUAAGUCAAACUUAUAUUAUAUAGGUGUAAUGUUUGUAUACUUCUAGUCUGUUAAUAUAUUCUUUGGAUUCACGAGCCACUGUUUUACCGUGUAUAUCUUUAUUAGGUGAGUAAACGCAUCACAAACAAGUCUUGAGCAUGAAAUAAAAAAGUGAAAUUAUAUAGAAACUUUAAAAAUGAACCAAAAAU